CGCAUUAAAAUGGACUCCAUUAGAAGCUCACAAAUUGAGAUUGCCAUACAACGUAUAUCAGAGUCGGUGUUUGUGGGACUGUGUCGUAAAGUGGGGACCUCAGAACUGGUGGCCAUGAGGAGAGAUUUGGUGGACAUCAGUGAAAUGAUUCAUAGUCAAGCAACAAAAAGUAAUACGAGAAAGAUGGAAAAUGGAAGUCGUAGAGAAGGAUUCAGACUUGAAGGAUCAGAUGUAGACGUUAUGUUCUGGCAGAAUAAUCACCGUGUGAUCUGGGAAUUAUCUCAGUCUCAGUAUUACAAUACACACAGACAAACACUGAUCCUCUGUGACUGUUCCGAUAGUCCACCAGGAUACACUUUGUUAUUUUUACUGACACCAAACGUGGACAUUCCGAGAGCUUGUGUUAUAAUGAAUUAUGUAUCUAGCUCUCGGUACAGAGAGAUUAUGCGCACAGAAGUAGUUCCAGAUUCCACUCUAAAUGGACCCUGCGCCAGCGGAACUCUUGGACCAAUAAAUUAUGACCAUGCCCACUCUUUUGUUAGUAACUUUUGGCCUCCAUCUGCCUCCUCAUGGAUAGAAAGAUGUCACUCAUGGCCCCAGCCUCAUGUUGUUGAUGACAUAGUAAAAAAUGGAUGUCACUUUGUAGCAAUUGGACAUAGGCUAGGAAAUCAUGAAGACCUUGAAUGGAGAAUUUCUUUCUCUCAAGCAGAGCAAAAACUUAUGCAUGUGAUGAACCACUGUCAGUUCUUAACUUAUGGUUUGCUUAAAUUAUUUUUAACGGAAAUAAUUAACAAAGGACUAGGUGAUGAUGAUAAAUUACUGUGUUCUUAUCACAUGAAAACAGCAGUUUUCUGGGUGAUUCAGCAAAAUACAAUACCUCACUGGUGUCCACAAAAUCUCCUGGGGUGUUUCUGGGUCUGUUUUAAACUCAUUUUCAAAUGGGUGUAUGAGGGGAUCUGUCCUAACUUUUUCAUUCCAGAAAACAACAUGUUUCUGAGUAAAAUUCAUGGCGAAGCACAACAUCAACUAUUUAUUAGACUGUAUUGUUUAUACGAGAAGGGUAUAGCAUUCCUGCUAGACAUUCCCUCUAUUAGGUCUUAUAUUAUACAUGUCCUUCUUAACCCCAGACUCUCCAUCUGUACAGAUGAACAUACUCUGAUUUCUGAGGCUGAGUUUGACGUACACCUAUUUCAAGAAAUAAAUUUCUGUGAUACACUAUCCUCGAUAACGCUGCAAGACUGUAUGAGUAAUUUGAACACCAUAGAACAGAUAAUAGAUUUACUCUUGCUGACACAGUGUCAAGUCAUUAUGCUACAGAAGCUUACAUCUUCUGUCCUUCAGAAAACAGCUUUUGUAAUACACAUAGAAACUCGCACAUAUAAAAACAAACUGAGGUAUAGAGCUGACAUAUUGUCCUGUCAUAUGCUGAAAUUAGCAGCCAAGUUUGGUUAUAUUACUGACAUGCUGUACAUAGCCAUGUAUAAUUACGAGACACUUAGAUACAUGAAAGCUUUAUCUAUUAUAGAGAAGAUCAAGGUCAACUUAGCACAGCCAUAUGUGAUUUAUGAGUCAAAAGUUGAUACAGAGAUAUAUACUGAAGCUGUAAGGGGACAGUCCUGGUCUACAAAGAUGAGACAGGCUGUAUCAGAAACUAUUAAACUUGACAAUGACAUAUCUUACAUCCGUGAAUUGAUACGAGAACAAAAGUGUGCUCUACAGAACAAUGGAAAUGAUCUAUAUGUCCCACCCUUUAUACUGUUAUACAUGCUAGAGAUCUUGUGCUACAGACAUGUUGAUACAAUUGGAGCACAAAGAGCGCUAAAUGAUCUAAACACCCUAGUUCACUAUGACCAAGGAUGGCGUAUACCUUCACGAUACAGAGACAUAUCGUGGCAGAUUCUAGGAAUCUGUCAAGAGGUGACAGGGAACCUCCAGGCUGCUCUAUACUCCUACCAACAAUCACUCAGAGAAAAUCCACUUCAUGAAAUACAAACUGCUACAAUUCACAGAAUUGUUAUAUUGAUGUACAGACUUUAUUUCAGUUAAAUUGUUGUUUAAAGACAUAUUUAUAAGAAUAAUAUAUAACAUGGCAGAUACUGGGUAUCUGUCAACAGA